AUUAUCAUUCAAAUUACUCUAUAUAUCUAUCACUUGUUUUCAACCGCAUACUCAUAUCUAUCUCAUUAUGAAGUCUUUUAUCAUUGCGAGUCUGGCUGUCUCGGCCAUGGCUUCCUUGCCCUCCAAAUUCACCCUCACAUCCUCCACUUUGGGAAACCUUGUGACCGAUGGAGUGGAGAUCUACGUGGACGACGGUGCCUCUGGUCUGAGCAUUCUUGAGCUCACCACCAAAGAAACCGACAGCGGCACCGUCCUCACCUACAACGUAUCCGGCGUCGAGAAGGAGUUGGGAGUAUACGUCGGCGAGAACGAAGUCGCUGUUUUCGUCGUGCCGGGCGCCGCACGAUCCGCAGACAUCACUGUCACGGGCUACGGGGAGAGCGAUGGGUAUUUCACCCAAGGCGGAGAGCAGACCUGGGCGUUUAACACCAGUGCAGAGGGAGCCAAGGCGCUCUGGUGGAUGGCAGAUCUGAGUGAUCCUGAGGAGGAUUUCAGCAUUGUUCAGUUGUCAGUGGAGACUGCUUAA